AUGCCUGACGACGGACGCCGCAUUCCACCUCAAAACAUCUUUUCGCGCCUGCUCUCCUCCCUCUCCAAUCCUUCCUACACCGAAAUGAGGGACCACGAUGUUCUCAGGCCCAAGAUGCACCCAAAGAAUAUCACUCUCGUCGUUAUUUUAUCCUAUGUGUUCGACUGGGCGAUUCUGAUCAUUGUCGCCGCUGUCGGUUAUAUUCUGGGUAACAUCACACCGAACAAGAGGCCUUUCAGCCUGCAGGACCCUAACAUAUCUUUUCCCGUCACUGAACACGAGACCGUCACCUCGGCACUCCUCCUCGUCUGCAACGCCGUUAUCCCCAUCGCCGUUAUCCUGGUUGUCACCCUCGUCUUCGUGCCUGGUCCCACGGUCCCUGAGGGAACGCCCAAGAGCUUGAUAUGGAAGCGCAAACUGUGGGAGCUUCACAUUGGAUGGCUAGGACUCGCGCUGUCACUGGCUGCAGCCUGGUUCAUCACUUCGGGCAUGAAGAACCUCUUCGGCAAACCACGACCUGAUCUACUCAUCAGAUGCCAGCCCGAUGUUGCAAACGUGGCCAAAUACAUUGUCGGCUUUGCGACGCCGGCCGACGAUGGCACAUUGAACGGGGGCAUAUACAAUGGUCAGCUGGUCAGUGGUGAUAUCUGCAAGAACCCGGAUACAGCCUUUCUCAACGAUGGCUUCCGUAGCUACCCUUCCGGCCAUUCGAGCUCUUCCGCCGCAGGCUUGAUUUAUCUAUCACUCUUCCUGGCAAGCAAGUUUGCGAUCACGCUCCCAUUCGUACCAUCAGGCGCGUCGUCGAACGACACUAGCGCGGUCACGGCCUUCCCUUCGCGACUGCCCAACCGUGCUGUCGACACCCCCUACGAAGCUGUACGACACGACCGAGAUCGGGACUUGGACGAGCCGUCUUCCCCGGUCGACCCUACCGUGGCCAAGGAGAUAGGAGUCCAGAAUUCGAAAGUGCUUGCCGUACGAAGACAAGCAGCCGCGCCGCCCAUCUACCUUCUUGUCAUCACCGUGCUGCCUUUCUUUUUGGCUAUAUUCGUCGCCAGCUCCCGGUGGUUCGACUUCAGACAUCACGGAUUCGACAUCUUGUUUGGAUUUAUAAUAGGCACUAUCACCGCAUUUUUCGCCUUCCGGUACUACCAUUUACCGAUCAGUUCAGGAGCUGGAUGGGCAUGGGGACCCCGAAGUCACGACAAGGCGUUCUGGGCGGGUCUUGGAUCGUGGAGCUACGCUACAGAAAAGAAGCACUGGAUUAGACCUGGUGACGAAGACGAGCGGAUGUCCGGACAUCAGGCAGACGACAUCGAACUCGGCGUGAGGCAAAGAUCACCCCAGACAGCAAACCCCUUCCGCGAACGCUCAAAUACGACCGAGAACCCCUUCCGAGCACGCUCAGACAGCUCGGGGGCUAUCGUUCAUGACGGCAAUCACAGCUAG